GCAUAUACAGACAAUCGGAGCAGCAGGAAUGGAAGGCUCGGCAGUGCAGGUAAUAAAUGCAUCGGAGGAGCACACGUUCGUACUCAACGAGGAUGCCCUGAGUGAGGUGCUAAUGCGAGAUGAGAUCAAAGAUCGUUUCGUCUGCGUAGUGUCUGUGGCCGGAGCGUUUCGGAAAGGCAAAAGCUUUCUGCUCGACUUUUUCCUGCGCUACAUGUACUCAAAAUAUGUGCGCCAUGAUGUCGGCGAUUGGCUGGGCGGUGAACAGGAGCCGCUGUCCGGGUUCUCGUGGCGCGGCGGCUCAGAGCGCGACACCACUGGAAUACUCAUGUGGUCUGAUAUAUUCGUGCACGACUAUCCCAAUGGCGACAAGAUUGCCAUCAUACUGCUAGAUACGCAGGGUGCCUUCGACAGCCAGAGCACGGUGCGCGACUGCGCAACAGUGUUUGCCCUCAGCACCAUGCUAUCUUCCGUUCAGAUCUACAAUCUCUCACAGAAUAUACAAGAGGAUGAUCUGCAGCAUUUGCAAUUGUUCACGGAGUACGGCCGCCUGGCGCUGGCCGAUACUGGCAAGAAACCAUUCCAGCGGCUCCAAUUUUUGGUGCGUGACUGGAGUUUUCCGUACGAGGCUGAGUACGGUGCCAUUGGCGGUGAUAAGAUACUAAAACGCCGCCUUGAGGUGUCCGACAAACAGCAUCCGGAACUGCAGUCGUUGCGCCGCCACAUCUCGUCGUGCUUCAUGGAAGUCGCCUGCUUUCUGAUGCCACACCCCGGUCUCAAUGUUGCCACAAAUCCACAGUUCGAUGGUCGCCUCAAGGACAUUACGCCCGAGUUCAAGCAGAGCCUUCGCACCCUGGUCCCCAUGCUAUUGGCGCCUGAUAAUCUCGUCUAUAAAGAGAUAAGCGGCCAACGCGUGCGCGCACGCGAUCUCAUACAAUACUUCCAGUCGUACAUGAACAUAUACAAAGGGAACGAACUUCCCGAACCCAAGAGCAUGCUGGUAGCAACGGCUGAGGCAAACCAUCUAACAGCUGUAGCGGCGGCUAAGGAACUUUAUAACCAGCUUAUGGAGGAGGUUUGCGGCGGCACGCGACCGUACUUAAGCACAGCCCAUCUUGAGACGGAACACCUACGGGUGAAGGACAAAGCACUCUUUCAGUUCGCAGCGAAACGCAAAAUGGGCGGCGAAGAGUUUACAGAGAAAUUCCGCCAACAACUAGACGAGGACCUCGAGGAGGUCUAUAUCAACUACAAGGCGCACAAUGAAAGCAAAAACAUCUUCAAAGCGGCACGCACGCCGGCAGUGUAUUUCGCCUGCGCCGUCAUCAUGUACAUCCUCAGUGGAAUUUUUGGCCUUGUCGGUCUUUAUACAUUUUGUAAUUUCUGCAAUUUGAUCAUGGGCGUGGCGUUGUUGACGCUGGCACUAUGGGCAUAUAUUCGAUAUAGCGGCGAGCUGAGUGAUUUUGGUGGCAAGCUCGAUGACUUCGCCACCCUCAUGUGGGAGAAUUUCAUGCGACCCAUCUAUCAGGGCUGCAUGGAGAAGGGCAUACAACAUGUUGCCACACAUGCGGCCGAGGCGGCUGUAGGAGGAGGUGCUGCAUCGCGAUCGUCGGCACUUAAUGGCAAGAUGAAGCGUUCAUGAGAAUACGCCCAAUCAGCGCAGCUAAAAGCGCAACAGUCGCCGCAUCCGCCACGGAAGCAGCUUGCAAAUAAGAAUAAUAACAACAACAACAAUGUGGCAUGCAAAUCAAGCGGCAACCAAAGCUCAGGCAGAGGAUUUCUAAGCAAUAUUUGGCAUAUGGUCAGCGGUGGUGGUGGCGGCGGAAUCGGCAGUCAACAAACAAAUCAAAUCGAAUCACAGACCAAACAGUCGGCCACGUCCUCGACCCUGUCACGAAAAAAGCGCAAAUCGAAACGUAACUAAAUAAAUAUAUCAUUCUGCCCGGCCAUCAAACCAUCUAUGAUGCCAAUCCCAUGCUCACAUGUGAAGCCGUAGCUGAAAAUUUGCAAUGAUGGUCCUUUUAUUUUGUGUUAGAUUACUUUAUAGUUAAUAGCUGGUAUCGACUAAUUGAAGAAAUCUGUUUUUUAUAAAACUCAAUAUAAAAUUGUAGUUGGUCUAUAUAACUUUAUAUAUAAAAUGUAAGCGCAACACAAGUGGCUCAUAUUUGUUGAAAGAAAACAUUUGCAAUUGUUUUAUAUCAAAUAAAUAAAAAAAACUCACGCUGUAAUAUAACACGAGAAAAUUGCGAAAAAAAGAAUUUAGUUCGUUUAGUUCCACAUGAAGUUCUUGCCGCACCCAGCUGUAGAAAAAUGUUUAAGCCGGUUUGUGUAAACAAUCUCUUUUGUAAGAAAUGUAUAAACUAAAUAAAUCACAUUUUGUCAUUUAAACACA